AUGACCUAUGAUCAAUUACCAACUACCAUUAUGAGUUUACGAAAUACAUUACCUGUUGUUAUAGUUAGAACAGCUAUAAUGAUCCCAACUUUCAUGAUUGGAUGUUUAUUUAUAGUAACCACUCAAUUGGUUGGAGUAUUCUUAUUUGAAAAUUAUCCAAGUUCAAAACAAGCUAUAUUUAAUAUUACUAAGAAUCAUUUUGUUAUAUUACUUACAUUUAUGACUUCAAUUAUAAAUCCAAGUAAAAUAGCUAUAACAUUAGAUAAAAACAUCGAAAGCAUUCAAUCAUUUAAAGUUGAUAAUUCUGGUAAUUUACAUACUUCAUUCAUGCCAAAUUCAAUCUUUAUAUCAAAUCAUCAAAUAUAUACUGAUUGGUUAUUUCUUUGGUUUUUAAUUUAUACUUCAAGAUUAAGUGAUUGUGUUCAUAUUGUCUUAAAGGAUCUACUGAAGAUACCUGUAUUAGGUUAUGGGAUGAAGAAUUAUAAUUUCUUAUUUUUAUCAAGAAAAUGGGAAACUGAUAAAAUUAUCCUUACUAAUCAAUUAUUAGAAAUAGAUGCUAAUGCAAGAGGAGUUGGACCUGCAAAUGGAGUAAAACAAAUUGCAUCUACAAGUAAUAGUGAAAUUAAAACCUGGCCCAAGAUAAAUAGACCAGAUAAGAUUUGGCCUUAUCAAUUAAUCUUAUUCCCAGAGGGGACCGUUCCUUCUGAUAGAACAACUAAGAAAUCACGUGCAUAUAUUGAUUCCCAAGGUCAUCAACCUUUAAAACAUGUUUUAUUACCUAGAUAUAGAGGAUUAUAUCUUUCAUUAAAGAAAUUAAGAGGAACAGUAGAAGCAAUAUAUGACAUAACUACUGCUUAUGCUGAUUUAGCUGAAGAUGAAUAUGGAGAAGAUGUAUUUUCAUUAAAAAGAUUUUAUUUUAAAGGAUAUGGACCAUCACAAAUUAAUUAUUAUAUUAAACAAUAUAAAAUUGAUGAAAUUCCAUUAGGUGAUGAAGAAGAUAUAGAUGAUGUUAAACCGGAAGAUUUGAAACGAUUUGAAACUUGGUUAAUUAAUGUUUGGUAUGAAAAGGAACAAUUAAUGAGUAAUUUUUAUAAAUAUGGUGAUUGGCAAGGAGAUCAAGAAGGUGAAAAAGAAUGCGUUAAAAUUGUUGGGGAUUUUAAGUUAAGAAAUCAAGUGGAAAUUAUUUUACCUUAUUUGGUUGACUCAUCAUCCAAUUAUUCAAAUAUAUAUUUAUUAUCCUAUCAAUUUAACUCGACUUCACCUUUAUUUGAUUAUUUAUCAAUAACUCAAAACUCAACUACAAUCACCGAUAAUUUUGAAGAUUUACAAGUUAGAAUAGGUUAUUAUGGUAUUUGCUUAGACACUAACAGUACCCUUUCAUGUUCUCAUUACAACAAUUUAAACACAUUCCCUCAAUAUAAAUUAAAUCUCUUGAAUACAAAACUCGAUUUAGUCACAUUAGCUCAAGAGUUCAGUGAAGUAUGUCAUCCAAUAGUCUUAUUACUGACUAUUUUAUUAACCAUCCUUACAUUACUAUUAUUAUGCUAUGUGAUUAUUCCAUUCUUACCUGGGAAGUUCCACGUCAAGAAAGCUUUAGUGGCUACUACAUUCAUAAAUUCAAUUCUUUGGGGAUUGGGAGCAAUGUUACAACAUGAAGCCGUGAAGGCAAGUGCAAAAAUGAUGCAGGUUGCUAGUAUGGAAUUAUUAUUGACUGGAAUGGGAAAAAGGGCAGAAGUUAUGACUUGGGUUGGGUUUCUGUUUUUGAUUAUUGUUUGUAUUGGGGUUGUGUUUGAUUUUAUUAAAGAUUGGAAGUUUCAAAAAUCACAAGUGAGUACUCUUCAAAAAUUGUAA